CUUAAUUAUAUCGGCUUUUCUUUUCGAUCUGUUUUUCCGUUCAUUUCUCUUCACUGUCAUUUAUGCAGCUGGUCUGUCUUUUCCUAUAUCCGUUUUAAAAAAAAACCCACUUACAAGAACGAGUCUCCUGGAGAGUACCUAAUCAACAACAACAACAAACAUGUCUGACACCAACGGAGGACUGCUGGGUGGGCUGGUGAACGGGGUCGGCGGUCUCUUGGGAGGCGGCCAGAACGCGCGGCCAGCACCGCCGGCGCCAGAUUCACCAGAUGAUAACAACGACACCAAUGAGAACAAUGACAACAACAGCGGAAACAAUACCAACCAAGGAGAGGCCACAAACAACGCUGCGGAUCCGGAAGAGAACGACGGCCGAGGACAGGGCCAGGGCAACCGGGCCCAAGGACAGGACGCCAACGGUGAUAAUGGGAGGCAAGGAGGCCAGGACAGCCAGGGAGGCGGCAACGCCAACAACGCCGGCGCCGCCGAGCCCACGCCCUCAACACCAGCCUCGCCAUCGCCGACCUCGAUAACGCCCACCUCCGCCGUGGCAGAGACAGCCGCGACGGCAAGCAGCAGCAGCACCAGCCUCCCCGGCGCGGCCCAGCAGCAGCAGCCGUCGUCGUCCAGCAGCACCUCCGCCCCGGCCCCGGCGACCUCGGCAGCGGGCGCGGCCAACACGCCCACGACGCCGGCGGUAUCCACCCCGACGCCGCCCGCGUCCACGCCGCUGCUCGAGUCCGUCUCCUCGCUCAUCGCGUCCACGGGCACCGCCCCGCUCCCGGUGCCCACGGGGCCCCCCUCGUCACCACCGCCGGCCCCGGGCCCCAUCCAGCCGACGACGACGACGACCCCGCUCCUCAACCCCGCCGCGCCGCUGCUGCCGCUGCCCACCACGCUGAUCUCGUCGACCCUCGUGGCGGCGCCCUCCCCGCCGGCGGUCGACCCGGCGCAGGCGUCGGCGGCCUCGCUGCAGCAGACGGCGCAGGACACCAGCGACGGCGGCAUCCAGAAGACGGAGAGCCGGUCCAACGUGAUGACGACGACGAUCGCUAUCGCGGCGCCGGUGGGCGGCGUGGUCGUGCUGGGGAUCCUGUUUGUGAUCUUCAAGAAGAACCGGGGCUGCUUCCGGCGCAAGAAGAAGGAGGCCAACGGGAGCAUCCUCGACGACGAGGAGAUCUCGAGCUGGAGGAGCGUCCAGCACCAUGAAAAGUUUGACCCGGCUAGGAAUUACUAGGUUAAGAUGGCGAGGGUGUCUUCUUUUUGCCAGUGCCAGUGCCACUCACCUACGAGCAUUGCCGUGCUGCAAGGGAGCAUGCCUGGCGGUGGGCUUUGAGGAACCUGGCUUUAUCCAGGGGGGAUAUAGAAAGGGGGCCGCACUAGCAAGCGGGCCCACG